CUGAGGGCUAAAGAAGAGAUCUGUUCAUCUAACUCAGUAUGUAUAAAGCUUUUGACAGCCGUUGGGAAAAUGAAAGCAAGGACGAUGAAGGAUCACUGUCUUCUUCCUCCUUCUGGACGGAUCAGGAAAGUGAAGGGGAAGACAGGGACUGUGUUAAGAAAGAAAACAGAGCAAUUGAGAGAAAGCCUGAAGAAGACAGUAAGGAUGUCAAAGACAGCUUUUUACUGGGAGGUGAUAUAAAGAAGAGGGUGAAGGAGAAUGAGACGGGAAAGGGGAAGUAUCCUGAGGAAGAUGAGAGAGAAGUAGAGAGAGAAUGUUUCAUAGAUGAGGAAAUUAAAAACGGCAUAGAGAUGACAAGAACAAGGCAAGAAGAGGAGGAAGAAAGUGGAGAGGAGGAGGAAGAAAGUGGAGAGGAGGAGGAG